AUUAAAAAAAACUGUAUUGUAUUCCAGGGACUUAGAUUAUAAUAAAAUCAGGGAUAUCGAACCGAAAUUAUUUACCCAUCUUACAGAGUUAAAAACCUUAACGUUGGACUACAAUGAAAUAAAUAAUUUGAAAAAUGGUGUAUUUGCAAACCUUUCGAAGCUUCGGAUAUUAACAUUGAUUAAAAAUAAAAUUGAAAACAUCGAAACUGGGGUUUUUAAUAACUUAACGAGUUUGGAGUACUUAUCCUUGGAACAGAACCAAAUCCAUAAGCUCGAUUUGGAAAUGUUUAAGGGACUUAUAAAACUGGAUAUACUGGAUUUACGUCUCAAUAAGAUAAGAAACAUUCCACCUGGGAUAUUCGAUUCAUUAACGUCCUUGAGUCUUUUAAAGCUUGACCAUAACCCGCUGACGUGUGAUUGCAAUAUUCUGUUGUUUGUAAACGCGCUGAAGAAAAAUUACCUCAAGCUACAUGUAUUCGGGGAUUACGACCCAUUGUGCCUUUUUCCAGUAGAAAUGAGCGAAAAAUCGUUGAAAGAAUUAACCGAAAACGAUUUUCAAUGCACGCCUCCGGAUGUAAUUGUGGUACCGGAGAACAAGACGGUGUUGGUCGGUGAAGAGUUACAACUCUCGUGCAAAGCUGUAGGAGACCCGGAACCUUUGAUAACGUGGGCCAAAGACGACAUUUAUCUGGAGUCUUGGCCAAAGAGUUCAGGUAAGAUUGUUUUAAGGUAUACGGUAAUUGAUCUUUCGCAAACCCAGUGAAAAAUCAGGUUAUAUAUAAUCGUGCACUGUUGUUAAAAAAUGUUCUAUUAAUUAUUUACUUUAUAUUGAUUGCAUUAAAUCAAACGUUUUAGGAAUAAUUUUCCCAAUAACAUUGCAUCACUAAAUAUUAUCUAAACACCUGCUCCUAAACCCAUAAAAAAUCUAGGACAAAACCCACCACCAAAAUCUUACUCGAACGGUUUAAGUUUACAAAA